AGAAGGCGACACCAGUACCCACUAGCAACAGGUUGGGCCAUCUUCUUCCCCACAUUCUGCAUUUUCCCAAUAGCUUUUCCCCUCCUCUCUCUCUCUCUCUCUCUCUCUAAAAAAUCACUAAUUAACCCUAUUUCUCACUAGUGGCUCCACUUUCACUUCCACACCAUUCUUUUCCUCUUCCUCCUCUGGAUUCCAGCUACACUGUGUUAAUUAAUGGCUGCUUUGGUGCUUAUGGUUCUCCUUCUGGCCAUCACUGGCCACUCCAGCGCGUCGUGGUGCGUGUGCAAGGACGGGUUAAGUGACACAGUGCUGCAGAAGGCGCUAGACUACGCAUGCGGAGCCGGGGCAGACUGCAACCCCAUCCAUCAAAACGGACCAUGUUUCCAACCCAACACCGUUAAAGCUCACUGCAGCUACGCCGCCAACAGCUAUUUCCAGAAAAACCGCCAGCAACCCACCGCCUGCAAUUUUGAAGGCGCUGCAACUAUCUCCGCUUCCGACCCUAGCAUAUCUGGUUGUACGUAUCCGGCAACAGCAAGUUCCUCCACCACCCCCACCACUGGCACUCCAGGGACUGUGACUCCGGUCUCUGGGACAACUGGCAACUCCCCUGGCAUGAUAAACCCUAGCACCGGUGGCGGUGUACUAGGAGGAAACCCCGGUCUAGGCCCGUCAGGCAUGAACCCCAACACCGACUUAAGUGAUGCAGGGAUCCGUCUCUCCAACGCCUUCUUCCACUGCUUCUGUGUCGUCAUCGCCUUCUCGGCACUUGUUUUCUCAUGAGCUUGAAUUCAGCGGCAAUGGUGCUCGCUCCAAGAUUCGUGUAUGGAUGAUGAUGGUGGUCAAGAAAUUAUGGAUUUUGAGGCAGCUUUUGGUUUUUGUCCCUGCCUCUCUCACUCAUCUCAGUACUCUUCUAUGUAGUGUAAAACUUGAUGGGAUGUUCAUUCUUUUUUUGAGUUUGUAGUUUUUAGUAGUACUAUCUAUUUGCAGAUUGCAACUUGGCUAUUUUUGCUAUUAUUAUGGAGUAUAUUAUUUAUUAA